GUGAGGAGCAGAGGAGCAAACGGAGCAGUACAAGGACAAAAGAGCCGCUGCUCCACAUCCCGGCUGCUCCAACAGGUUCCUAACACUAACCUGUCCUUUGGAAAAGCGUCUUCUUCACUUCUGUCAAAGUCACUGCCUUCACAUUCGUCAUCCUGCAUCAUGUUGCACCUAGUUUCCUGUUUCAUGUCCACCUUGCUGUGUACGUGGAUGCUGUGCAGUGCCCAGUCAGACACUGGCAUUCCUGUAAUCCAGCUGCGUCUUGUUGGGGAGAAGCGGAAACAUCACGAGGGCCGGGUGGAGGUUUUCUACAAUGGAGAAUGGGGGACAGUGUGUGAUGAUGACUUCUCCAUCUAUGCUGCCCAAGUUGUGUGCAGAGAACUUGGUUUCCUAGAUGCAGAGAGCUGGUCACCUUCAGCAAAGUAUGGAAAAGGAGAAGGCCGUAUUUGGCUCGACAAUGUGCACUGCAGUGGUACAGAGAAGACUCUGGCUCAGUGUCGGUCCAAUGGUUUUGGAGUGUCCGACUGUAAACAUUCUGAAGAUGUCGGGGUGGUUUGCAACCAGAAGCGAAUUCCAGGUUUUAACUUUAUCCGGACCAAGGCCAACAGUGAGGAGUAUUUUCCUGUGCAGGUGGAGGAUGUGAGGAUCCGGGCCACAUACUCUCAGAGGAAAAGGAUUCCGAUCACCGAAGGCUUUUUGGAGGUCAAAGAUGGAGGAAAGUGGAGGCAGAUCUGCAAUGAGGACUGGACAGAGAUGAACACCAGAGUCAUCUGUGGCAUGUACGGCUUCCCUGAAAAGAAGCGCUUCAAUAUCCGACCCUACAAAUUGCUGGCCAAGCGUCGUAGGAAGAACUACUGGGGCUUCUCUGUAAACUGCACAGGCAACGAGGCCGACCUGUCUGAUUGCCACUUGGGUCGAGAGAUAGACCUAAAGGGCAACAACACCUGUGGACAGGGAAUGCCUGUUGUGAUCAGCUGUGUACCUGGGCGCGCUUUUGCUCCCAGCAUCAGCAGCGGCUUCAGGAAAGCCUACAGAGUGGAGCAACCCCUGGUACGUUUAAGAGGCGGAGCUAUGAUAGGAGAAGGUCGUGUGGAGGUGUUGAAGAAUGGUGAGUGGGGGACCGUAUGCGAUGACAACUGGAACAUUCAAGCUGCCAGUGUCGUGUGUCGAGAGUUGGGGUUCGGCAGUGCUAAAGAAGCCCUGAACAAUGCCAGACUGGGACAAGGCAUUGGGCCAGUACACAUGAAUGAGGUGGAGUGCUCUGGUUUUGAGAAGUCACUCACUGAGUGUUACUUCAACCAUGAUGCUCUGAACUGUAACCAUGAGGAAGACGCAGCAGUCAGGUGUAACGUUCCCGCCAUGGGCUUCCACAACAAACUUCGGCUAAGUGGUGGCCGUAAUCCCUAUGAGGGUCGUGUGGAGGUCCUGGUGGAGAAAAAUGGUACUUUGGUGUGGGGUGCGGUGUGCAGUGACAGCUGGGGAACCAUGGAGGCCAUAGUGGUAUGCAGGCAGCUAGGCUUGGGCUUUGCUAGCCAAGCCUUCCAGGAGACAUGGUACUGGCAAGGAGAUUCUUCAUCUGAAAAUGUGGUGAUGAGUGGAGUGAGAUGUUCAGGAACUGAGCUGACCUUAGAUCAGUGUCUCCAUCAUGGGAAACAUCUCCAGUGUCCCAGAGGUGGUGGACGCUUUGCUGCUGGUGUCUCCUGCACUCAGACUGCCCCAGACCUCGUCCUGAAUGCAGCGAUUGUAGAGCAGACCACCUACCUGGAGGACAGACCCCUGUACAUACUGCAGUGUGCCAAGGAGGAGGCCUGUCUGUCCAGCAGUGCAGACACAGCCAGCUCCAGCUCCUAUCGCCGCCUGCUCCGCUUCUCUUCCCAGAUCCACAACAACGGGCAGUCAGACUUCAGGCCACGGGCAGGGCAACAGUCCUGGAUUUGGCAUGAGUGUCACAGACAUUACCACAGUAUGGAAAUUUUCACCCACUACGACUUGCUGAGCCCGAAUGGAACCAAAGUGGCAGAGGGACACAAAGCCAGCUUCUGCCUGGAGGACACCCACUGUGUCGAAGGUGUUCAGAAGAGAUACGAAUGUGCCAACUUUGGGGUACAGGGCAUCACAGUUGGAUGCUGGGAUACCUACAGGCAUGACAUCGACUGUCAGUGGAUCGACAUCACAGAUGUGAAGCCUGGUGACUACAUCCUCCAGGUUGUGAUAAACCCCAACUAUGAGGUUGCCGAAUCAGAUUACACCAACAACAUCAUGACGUGCAGAUGCCGAUACGACGGCCAACGGAUAUGGACAUACAGCUGUCAUAUAGGUGGCUCUAUGAGCUCAGACACAGAGGAAAUGUUCCCAGGGUUGUUGACCAACCAGCUUUCACAGAGGUAGACUCACAACAAGCAACAAAGAUGGACAAUCAGGAAGCAUGCAAUAAAUAUUUGUCAACCACUAGAGGGUGCUACACUCUUUUGCUUCCUUGUAGCAGCGUUUUUUUUUUUUGUUUGUUUUUUUUUGUGCUGAAUGGGACAUGACAAAGACUGAUUGGGAAAAUUUAUAUGCAACUAUACAUCAACAGUGUUCUUCAGUCUUACUGUAAAUGUUCUUUGUGUAAACAUAGGUUUUCAAUUGGUGCUUCUUAAGAGAGGUCAGGGAGGAUUUCAGCCAAAUAACCAAUCACAUUCAAACUGUUCCAGUAGUUAUGUGGUGGUGCUUCUGUGCUACAAAUCAUGCACAAUUUCUUUUUCUAGUAACAGAGGCAAUGACGUGAGUUCAUGACUGUGAGCACAAACUGAAACGUGACUAUAAAACAGACUGUAGAAUAUAUACUGAGAAAUAACCCAUCAACAACACAACUGUUCUCGUUCAUUAAUAGAAGGCACUUUCAGAGUUCAUACCUAAAACCAAACAAUUCUCAAAUUCUGUAUUGGAUUAAGAGUAUGAAUGCACAUUUUUAGCCAUAUUUCUUGCAAUGCAACACACAUCCAAAUGUAUGUGUCACUUUAGCAGAACUGGAACCUUGUCUGGGUCUACAUAGAAGCUGACUUGUUGAUUUUUUCUUUUCCCCUGUAUAACAGUUUAAUCAAGACCAGAGCAAAGGCGUUUGAGAAAUUACUCAAAAUGUUGAAAAAUAACUAAACACUGCAAAUGAAUGUUCAAUAAUGAGAGAGAAUCCACUUCUGGAUCAAGAGCAACACCAAAAUUAAAUACAUUCUUAUUCUCAAAAACAGAUUUCUCCACACAGAUCUGAUGAGAUUGGCUGAAAACAUUUUGGGUAAUUCUGCUAAAAACAGACAACCCAGUGAAUUAUUUUACAGUAGUUUUGUUUCCUGCAGUAUUUCCACCAUCUGUAAAGACUUUCAGUCAUAGGUUGAUAUCUCUGCAUUGACCAGAGUUGAAAAUUAUUUAUUUUUUUUCAUCAAGGAUGUCAUCUUCCACAUACUUGAGUCUGUUCCAAAAAGCUUUUUGUGUUUUUAUUUUUUAUUUUUGGUUGCUAAAAUAGUUUCAUCUUUAUUGUCUUGACAUUCCUUCAACUUCGUUCUCAGUGUCCAUUUUCUUAAAUUACGUAUUGUAUUGUUGUAUUAAAUUAUCGUAUUGUAGUCAGGGAUUUCAAUGUCAUAAUAUUUGUACUGUAUUGUCACAAAUUAUGUAAAAAUGUAAAGCGUUGAUUUUAAAGUAGCAAGUUCACAGACCCUUCAUUUUACAAGGGGACUUGUUACUGGGUGUUUGACAUUGUGUGCUUGGUUGAAUGUAAAAAAUAAUUACAUUCGCUGUAAUAAAGAAUGGUGGAAGCA